AAGGGUUUUGGUUUUAAUUUGUCACAACUACUCCUUGCCAAUGCCAGUCUACUCCCUCCUCGUUUCCCUCCUCUCUCUCUCUCUCUCUCUCUCUCUCUCUCUCUCUCUCUCUCUCUCUCUCUCUCUUUUCCUCCACUUUCUCUCCUUCCAAACAGACAGCGCCACAAAUAUCUAAUCAACAAACCCUGCUUCCAAAUACUACACCCGCAACUGAGUUUCUUUUGCUUUCUUUUGUGUUUUGUUAUUGGUUUUUCUGUUCGGGGUGAGAACUUGUGGAGGAAAUGAAGGUUGCCGAUGGUGUUUGGCGACCGUUAUUCAGCACACUUGUUCUCGUGUUUUGCUUGAGUUUUUUCCCCGGUGGAAGCUCCGAUCUCGUUUCAGAUAAGUUGACAUUGGUGAACCUCCAAAGGGAUCUAGGUGGCCGCGCGUUGCGCUGGAAUCUCUCGCUCGACUCGCCGUGCUCUUGGCUUGGCGUCACCUGCCGCUCCGGCGGAGUUACAGAACUUCGACUUCCCGGAGCUGGAAUCUCCGGAGAACUGCCUUUGGGAAUAGGUAACCUGACGAAAUUGGAGAAGCUCUCCCUUCGUUUCAACGCGCUCUCUGGUUCAGUCCCAUCUGACAUCGCAAAGCUCGCUCUGAGCGAGCUUCACUUGGAAGGUAACUUCUUUUCUGGUCCACUGCCCGAAUUCUUGUUCGAUAUGAAAAGCUUGGUCAGAAUUAACCUCGGUGAAAACCAUUUUUCCGGUGAGAUAUCGCCGAGGUUUAGUAAUUUGACCAAGUUGGUCGUUCUCUAUUUGGAGAACAAUAGAUUUACCGGGUCCAUCCCAGAGCUUGAUUUGCCGACGCUUGAACAAUUCAAUGUUUCGUUUAACCAGUUGAAUGGGUCGAUUCCUGAGAAGCUUUCCGGCUUGCCUGCCAACUCUUUCGAGGGGAAUUCGCUCUGUGGAAAGCCUUUAAAGCCCUGCAAUGGCGCUGAGAUUGUAGAUAAGAAGAAGAAGAAGUUGUCGGGUGGAGCCGUUGCUGGAAUCGUCAUCGGGUGUGUUGUUUUGCUAUUAUUCAUUCUUGCCAUUUUGUUAUUUUUCUUUCGUAUAAAGUCUCGUGGCGAGAAGGGUUCAAAGGAAAUGACCGCAAAGUCUACUGAGCAUGGAAUUCAUAAUGCAAAGUCAAGGAUUGAUAAUGAUAACUCGUCUGCUGAUUACUCUUCGUCGUCAGCAGCUGCGGCAAAAGCAAAUGCUAAAAAGAGUGGUGGGAAUAGGAGUUUGGUGUUUUUCGGCAAUGCUGUGAGGGUGUUUGAUUUGGAGGAUUUGUUGAGAGCAUCGGCUGAGGUACUAGGGAAAGGUACAUUUGGGACAGCUUAUAAGGCUUCUUUGGAAAUGGGGGUUGCUGUUGCUGUGAAGAGGUUGAAAGAAGCAACUGUGCCCGAGAAGGAGUUUAGGGAAAAAAUGGAAGAGGUUGGACGAUUGAAUCACGAGAAUCUGGUUCUACUCAGGGCUUAUUACUUUAGCAGAGAUGAAAAGCUUCUUGUUUAUGAUUACAUGCCUAUGGGAAGCUUAUCUGCACUUUUGCACGGAAACAGUGGGGCUGGGAGGACUCCACUUAAUUGGGAAACAAGGUCUGGUAUUGCUCUUGGAGCUGCUUACGGCAUUGAAUACCUGCACUCGCAGGGUCCUUUUUCAUCACAUGGCAACAUUAAGUCUUCAAAUAUCCUUCUUACAAGAUCAUAUGAAGCUCGUGUCUCAGACUUCGGGCUUGCUCAUCUUGCUAGUUCUAACUCUACUCCCCACCGCAUUGAUGGUUACCGUGCCCCAGAAGUCACAGAUCCUCACAAAGUUACUUUGAAAGCAGAUGUGUACAGCUUUGGUGUACUGCUUUUGGAGUUGCUUACUGGGAAGCCUCCCACGCAUUCGCAGUUGAAUGAGGAAGGAGUUGACCUUCCGAAAUGGGUCCAGUCUGUGGUUCGAGAGGAGUGGACUGCGGAGGUUUUUGACCUUGAGCUUCUUAGGUACCAGAACGUUGAGGAGGAAAUGGUUGAGCUUUUACAACUUGCUCUUGAAUGCACCAUGCAGUACCCUGACAAGCGUCCCUCAAUGGCUGAGGUGACAAAGCGAAUCGAGGAACUCUGUCGAUCUAGCUCACACCGAGAAGACAAUGUAAUGAACGAAUCAUAUUUUGGCACAGAAGAGGGAAUUUAGCAUCAGUAUCCUCAACAAAUACAGUUGUACCACCUUGAGUGAAAGAUUGAAGAAAUAGCAGCAACAGCAAUGAAAGAGCAAUCUUUCAUUGCUGCCUAUUCUUGCUUCAUCAUAAAGAGGCUAUGCUGUGCAGGAAUUCUCCCUCAUUUUUCUUCUCUUGGUUGUUUUUCCCCUUUGAUUUCGUAGUAGCAAAUUUAUUUUCGCUAGUUAUUCUGAAUGUGAAAGGGGGCAACAAUAUUACUUUGGUUUUAUUGUGUGCAUUAUGAAUUUAGUAUAAUAGUUCCAAAGCAUAAACAACCAUGCAUAAUUUGCUCAUAAUAAUACCACUUAGGAUAUUGGUUGCUCGA